GUCAACCAUUGUAGUCUUGCGAUACCCUGAAACCCAGAACAGAAGCAGAGCAGGUUGUCCGCAGUGACCAACUAAAGAGAAUGGCCUCUACCAUCAGCCUCCUUUCUGAGAAGCACUUUUUGUGCGCCCUGUGCAGAGACAUCUUCACCAGCCCGGUGACCAUACCAUGCGGACACAGCUUCUGCUUGUCCUGCCUGAGCCAGUACUGGGCCCGACACCAGUCCAAAUAUUGCCCCCACUGUAAGAGAGUGUUCACUGACAGGCCCGACCUCAGCGUCAAUCACAUCCUGGCAGACAUCUCCGACAACUACAGGAAGACUCGGCCACAGCAACCACCUGAUGAGGAAUUGAUUAUAGAUGUCGAGCAGAUGAUCCAGGAAAGGCUGCAGAAGAUAGAGAGGUUGAAAUAUUCUCUCGAGGUGCAGAAGAGCUCUUACCUGAGGGAGGUGCGAGAGAGCCAGAAGGUCUUCUCUGCCCUGGUGUACGCCAUGGAGAAGAGCCACAAAGCAGUUGUUAGUGCAAUCGAGGAGAGACAAAGAGAUGAGGAGAAGCGAGUGGAGACGCUGGUGAAGGAGCUGGAGCAGGAGAUCCAGGAGCUGAGGAAGGAGACCACAGAGUCUGACCACCAGAUUUCUGUGAGCUGCGAUCAAAGUGACGACACGAAGCAAAUUAACUUGAACACUAUUUCCAUCUUGGACAUGAAGGACUGGUCCAAGGUUACUAUAGAGACAGACCCUUGUGUCGGGGUUACCAGACGUGCACUGUCCAACAUUAUGGACAAGAUGAGAGCAGAAGUCAACAGGCUCUCCAAAUCUGAACUUAAAAGAACAGAGAAAUACACAGUGGAUGUCAAUCUGAGUGCCAAGACAGCCCACCCGUGCCUCUCUGUCUCAGACGACAGGAAACAGGUGAAGCACACGGACAAGCUUCAGGAGGUGCCAGAUCACCCCAAGCGCUUUGACCGUGUGGCAAACGUGCUUGCCAAGGAAAGCUUCAGCAGUGGGAGGUGUUACUGGGAGGUGGAGGUCGGGGAGAAGCUUGAGUGGAGCCUAGGCGUCGUCAAACAGUCCAUAAACAGGAAGGGCAAGUUCACCGUCUGCCCUGCUAAUGGUUUCUGGACUUUAAGCCUCAAGGCUGGAGGCCAGUACAUUGCCAACACCUCUCCCGUCACCCAGUUGGCCCUGGAGCAUAAGCCCAGGAAGCUGGGUGUGUUUGUGGACUACACAGAGGGCCGCGUGUCCUUCUACUGCGCAGAAUCUGGGGUCCACAUUUACACCUUCACAGACACUUUCACUGAUAGGCUUCAUCCCUUCUUCAGUCCUGGUCGCCUGCACGGUGGCAAAAAUGCUGCUCCACUCAUCAUCGGUUCCAGUUUUUGCAGCAUCUGAGACUCAUUCUCACAUAUCUCCACUUCCAAAACAGCCACUAUUCCUGCUAUUAUUCUGUGCGAUAAAUGUAUUUAAUAAUUUAUAUGAACAUCUACUGUGAACCACAUUUUCCCAGUCAGAACAGUGAACACGGGUUGUACAAGGACCGAGGCUCUACACUUGAAAAACUUCAAUGAAACCCAUAAACAGAUUGAAAAGGACAGAGGAGGUUGGGAGAAAAGAGAAGGCUCUCAUAAAUGAACAAGUGAGUCAAAGUCAAAAGAAGAGGAGAAAAUGGGCUGCUGAGUUGGAUGGAUGGUAGGGGGUGCAGGGUUGGGACAGAGGUUGACGCGGAGCAGGGGGAGGGAGGGCACAGCCAAACAGCAGGGCAUUGUGCUUGUACACCAGGCACUGGGAGACACACUCAAACACGUUCACGCAUUCACACAAUAACACGGCCGUGCACACAAGCGCAUGCUUCUGCCCACUGCCACACAGACUCGCGCUGGCAUCUGGGAGGGCAGCCCCAUCUCCACUCCUGUCCUGGGUUGUUGGAGCUGAUAGACCCCCCCUGUCACUGUAGUCCAGCUGACCCCUCGGACAGAGCCGUCCCUGCUCCUCAGCCUGCCUGUGGACUAAGGUGAAUUCUCAGGGCCGUCAUUCACUACUCAGAGUGUCCACAGCUGAUCUACACAAGCCCGAGGACCAGUAACACCAGCCUAUUGGACCAAGGAGAGCAGACAGUCCACCAUACUUCAUCUGAGGAUACCCGACCUGAAGUCUGAGGAUCCAGUGGUGGAGCACAUCAUUUGCAGAACUGUAGACAGUCACAUUUCUAUUGUGGGACUAUAACUGGGCCCUCUGCAACAGACAGAGACUGAUA